ACUACUACUACUACUACUACUACUACUACUACUACUACUACUACUACUACUACUACUACAACAACAACAACAACAACAACAACAAAAGCUAUCACGACUUGUUGUGAAAAGGCAGUUGCUGAUGUUAUGCUCGUAUUGGAUGAAUCUGGCAGUGUUGGAUCUAGGAACUUCGCGAAAAUGAAAAGUUUUGCACAAAAUAUAGUGAAAUCCCUUAACAUUGGUAGAAACAAAAUUCGUGUAGGAGCCAUUACAUUCAGCUCGACGGUCAAAUCGCAGUUUAAGAUGAAUAGGUAUUAUAACAAGAAGAAUUUACUCAAGGCAAUCAAUAGAAUAGGGUACCGAAGAGGAGGAACGAAUACACAUUCAGCUCUUAAUUACUUGAGGAGAAUUUCAUUCACACGAAGGGCAGGGGAUAGAAAACGUGUCCCGAACAUUGCUAUCAUAAUAACUGAUGGCAAAUCGAAUACCCUCAGUAAAACUAAAAAAGAAGCAUUGGAAUUACGAAAACGUGGCACCAUUGUGUUUGCUAUCGGAGUUGGCAAAGGAAUUAGACAGUCUGAAUUGAAAAUUAUUGGUGGUUCACCAAGCCGAGAUCAUGUGUUCGCAGUUAAAAACUUUAACGUUCUUAAUUCCAUUGUGAAGCAAUUGGCUAAAAGAACUUGUAAUGCUCAUCCAUGUGACGCAAAACCAUGCAAGAAUGGUGGAGUGUGCAGGAGACUUGGCCAAGCAUACAAAUGCUCAUGUAAACGUCCAUAUGUCGGUAGACACUGUACAAUUGUCCGAAAACCACCAGCGCCAACAUGUGAAUGUCGAGCAUCAGGUGAUCCUCAUUAUAGGACAUUUGAUGGUCAGAUGAUUCAUUUCAUGGGAUCGUGUAAAUAUACACUUACAUCAACAAUAAAUGGAACCCUAUUACCCAAGUUCAAUGUCGAAGUGAAAAACGAACAUCGUGGCAACAACAGGGUUUCCUACACUCGCUUGGUUGAUAUCAAAAUAAAUGGUGUUACACUUCGUCUGUAUCCAAGACGAAAAAUUGCGGUCAACAAUCAACUAUUAGAAAUGCCACUGAUUACGUACAUGGGAUUCACGGUUUUCAAUUCUGCUGGAUGGGUUAUAGCAACCACAUCAUUCGGGCUUCAGGUGAAGUUUGAUGGUAACCAUCGUGUUAUUGUCAAAGUACCACGUGUUUAUAGUGGGAAAUUGUCAGGUAUCUGUGGUGAUUGCAAUCGUAAGAAAGAUGACUGGCGUACAAAGGCCGGCGUUGACGUAACAAGGAAAAGAAACAAAUAUUCUCUUAUUGGUAAAAGCUAUGCAAUUAUCGACGACAGCAAUAAACCUAGCAAAAAGUGCGAAGUUACAGAUCCCAGUACUACAUGUUCUAAAUCAGUAACCAAAGUUUGUGACUAUAUGAAAGAUUUCAGCGGUAUUUUUAAAAAAUGUCUGACGAAAUUAGGCAUUAAUGUAGCACAACAAUAUUUUCAGUCUUGCAAGAUUGAUGCUUGUGCUUAUAAAACUGUAUCUAAGACACUCAAAGAAGUUACCUGCCGAGCCUACGAAGCUCUCGUUGGUGCAUGUGAAGAUGCUGGUGUCUUAGUUAACUGGAGAGGAGUUCUUGGAUGCCGUUUGGAUUGUUCGAGAGGCAAAAACAUGAUGUACAAAGUUAAAAUAGCCGCCAACCAACCAACUUGCUUCAACAGAAAUCCUGUACCCUUUUCAUAUUAUAGUGAUGGAUGUGUAUGCAAGCCGAACUAUAUUCUUAGCGGCAAUGAAUGUGUACCUAAAUCAAAAUGUGGUUGCAUGUAUAAAGGAAUGUAUAUGAAGGCAUACACAACUGUUUCGUCAAACGAUUGUUCACGAACCAUCAUAUGUCUCGGCAAUGGAAAAUAUAAGACGAAAGCUACAUGCCCAAAAGGAUCUAGCUGUGUCGUCGAAUCCGGUAGACGCACAUGCAAAUGUCCGUCUGGAUUUGUACGUGUGGGAAAGGAAUGCAAAAAAGCAGAACAGCCACCACCUCUGCCUAUUAUUGAUCCAACUUUCUUAGAGCCAGUUCUGCUCAAGUUCUUUCGGGUAACGGAGGCUUACAUACCAGGCAAACCUCUGGACGAAUCCACUGAAAAACAUGUGGAACUAUGUGCUCGCAAAUGUCUCAAGAAUAAAAAAUGUAAAUCAUUGAACUUCGAUGAACUCGUGAAAAAAUGUCAACUAUAUGAUGUCAACGCUGCUACUGUCACUUUGAGACCAAGUGUAUGUCCCUAUAUGGAAUAUUUUCAAGUAAUCGUCACUUUGGAUUAAAGUACCUGAGAUAGGCAAGGAAUGAAUUCUGACGUUUUUUGAGAAACGAGCGUAUUCACUGACCAUGAUUUGUGAAGUGCAAUGGUACAAUAUAACAUAUACACAUACACACACCGGUUUCAGAUAACACAAACAGGGGUAUACAUACAUACAUGCAUACAUACAUACAUACAUACAUACAUACAUACAUACAUACAUACAUACAUACAUACAUAUAUAUAUAUAUAACGCAUUGAUAUUAUAAAUGUUCAA